CAUGGCUAACUUGGCGGAUGUCAGCUGGAAGUUGCUGGAGUCCAAAGCCAGACUAAAACGUUCAGUAGUUUUGUAGUUUAGCUGAAAGAAGGUUGCCCUAAACCACAUCUUUUGAAAAUGGCCAGCUUGGCGUACGAGAUACCCGACGGCCAUCGCAAAGUUCAGAGAUAUGGCUCCAUUUAUGAACCAAUCAAACUCUCAAACCUUCAUCAAGAGGAUGAACCCCUGUGGGAGAAACUGGACCGGUUCUACAGUGAGGUGAAGUCCACCAUCCUGAACUACCAGAGUCCCACCACUGGCCUGUUCCCGGUGAAGACCUGCCCCGACUGCAAGGACGCCAAAGUGCGCGACUCGCUGUACUGUGCUGCCAGCGCCUGGGCCCUCGCCCUGGCCUACAGGCGCGUCGAUGACGACAUGGGACGCACCCACGAGCUGGAGCACUCGGCCAUCAAGUGCAUGAGGGGGGUCCUCUACUGCUACAUGCGCCAGUCGGACAAGGUGGAGAUGUUCAAGCAGGACCCCAGCCCGGUCAAAUGCCUGCAUUCGGUGUUCAAUGUGCACACAGGCGACGAGGUCAUCUCUUACGACGACUACUGUCACCUGCAGAUUGAUGCCGUCUCCCUCUUCCUGCUCUACCUGGUGGAGAUGAUCUGCUCCGGCCUGCAGAUCAUCUACAACACGGACGAGGUGUCUUUUAUCCAGAACCUGGUCUUCUGCGUGGAGAGAGCUUACAGAGUUCCAGAUUAUGGGAUGUGGGAGAGAGGAAGCAAAUAUAACAACGGGAGCACAGAGCUUCAUUCAAGUUCCGUUGGGCUUGCCAAGGCGGCGCUUGAAGCCAUUAAUGGAUUCAACCUGUUUGGAAAUCAGGGUUGCUCUUGGUCAGUCAUUUUCGUGGACCUCGAUGCUCACAACAGAAACAGACAAACACUGUGUUCACUGCUUCCCAGAGAGUCCAGAUCGCAUAACACAGAUGCCGCCCUACUGCCCUGCAUCAGCUACCCUGCCUUUGCGGUGGACGACGACGCCCUCUACAGUCAGACCCUGGACAAGAUUGUGCGCAAGCUGAAGGGGCGGUACGGGUUCAAGCGCUUCCUGCGGGACGGCUACCGCACCGCCAACGAGGACCGGAACCGGAGGUACUACAAACCGGCUGAAAUGAAGCUUUUUGAUGGCAUUGAAUGCGAGUUUCCCAUUUUUUACAUCUUCAUGAUGAUUGAUGGUGUCUUCCGAGGAAACACUGCUCAGGUCAUGGAGUAUCAGGAGUUGCUGGGAUCUGUCAUUUUCCAGUCCUUUGAUGGCCAUGCCGUCAUCCCCAAGUACUACUACGUCCCGGCCGACUUUGUGGAGGCCGAGCAGAAGAAGCACGGCAGCCAGAAACGUUUCCCCAGCAACUCCGGCCGCGACGGCAAGCUCUUCCUCUGGGGACAGGCCCUGUACAACAUCGCCAAACUGCUCGUUGAUGGCCUAAUUAGCCCCAAGGACAUCGACCCCAUUCACCGCUACGUGCCACGGCAAGAUCAGAGGAACGUCAGCAUGAGAUACUCCAAUCAGGGCCCGAUCGACAAUGAUGUGGUUAUCCAUGUGUCCCUGAUCGCCGAGAGUCAGAGGCUCCAGGUUUUCCUCAACACCUAUGGCAUCCAGACCCAGACUCCCCAGCAGGUGGAGCCCAUUCAGAUCUGGCCUCAGCAGGAGCUUGUCAAGGCAUACCGCUUUCUGGCUGCCAACAAGAAGCUGGGUCUGAGUGGGAGGCCGGAGCGGCCGGUGGGCUGCAUAGGAACCUGCAAGAUAUACCGAAUCCUGGGCAAGACCGUGGUUUGCUAUCCCAUCGUCUUUGACUUGAGCGACUUCUACUUGUCCCAAGACGUCAUGCUGCUGAUUGAUGAUAUCAAGAACGCCUUGCAGUUCAUCAAACAGUGCUGGAAGAUGCCAGGUCGACCACUCUUCCUGGUACUCAUUAGAGAGGACAACAUCAAGGGGAGCCGAUUCAAUCCUGUCCUGGAUAUGCUGGCAUGUUUCAAGAAGGGGAACGUUGGGGGAGUGAAGGUUCACGUCGACAGAUUGCAGACGCUGAUAUCAGGAGCGGUGGUGGAGCAGCUGGACUUUCUGCGCUUAAACGAAGGCGAAGAAAUGCCUGAGUUCAAGAGCUUUGAGGAGCUGGAACUCCCCAAACACUCGAAGGUGAAGAGGCAGACGAGCACGCCCAAUGCCUCGGACCUGGAGCAGCAGCCCGAGAUCGAUGUUCAGGAGUGGGCACAGAAAUCCACCUAUGAGAUCGUGCAGAAAUUCAACGACUGUGACUGCCUGGCCAGCCAGGCACAGCUAGCCAGCGUUCUCAUGAAGAAGGAGGGGCCCGAUUUCUUCAAUAGAGAUGCAAACCUAAUGGCAGAGCUGGAGAGGAUCUACAGAAGAGCCGGGAGCCGAAAGCUGUGGUCUGUGGUACGACUGGCUGCCAGCCUACUAGCCAAAGUAGUGGACAGCCUGGCCCCCUCCAUCACUAGUGUUCUAGUGCAUGGGAAACAGGUGACGCUGGGGGUGUUCGGGCACGAGGAGGAGGUGAUCUCCAACCCCCUGUCCCCCGGGGUCAUCAAGGGCAUCAUCUACAGCAAGUGCAGCCCCUACGGGGAGCGGGAGGCCGUGCUGCAGCAGGAGCUGGUCAUCCACAUCGGCUGGAUCAUCUGCAACAACCCCGAGCUCUUCAGCGGCAUGCUCAAGAUCAGGAUCGGAUGGAUCGUCCAGGCCAUGAAGCACGAACUGGAGAUCCGGGCAGGCGACAUGCCGCCCCAGGACAUUUACCAGCUGUCCCCCAGUGAUGUCAAACAGCUGCUGCUGGACGUUCUCCAACCACAGCAGACGGGCAGGUCCUGGUUGAACAGGCGCCAGAUUGACGGCUCCCUGAACCGCACCCCUCUCGGUUUUUACGACCGCGUGUGGCAGAUUUUGGAGAGGACACGCAACGGCAUUAUGGUGGCUGGAGUCCACCUGCCACAGCAGCCCACGCUGUCAGACAUGACGAUGUACGAGAUGAACUUCUCCCUGCUGGUGGAGGACAUGCUGAAGAACAUCGAUCUGCCUGAGUACCGGCAGAUCAUUGUGGAGCUGCUGAUGGUGGUGUCCAUCGUCCUGACGAGAAACCCUGAGCUGGAGUUCCAGGAGAAGGUGGACCUGGACAGCCUGGUGAAGGAGGCCUUCAACGACUUCCAGAGAGACAGGAGCCGGCUGGAGGGGGUGGAGAAGCAGGAUAGCAUGGAGGCUUUCUAUGACACGCCCCCCCUGGGGCAAGGCGGGACCUCCAGUUACCUGACCAAGGCCGUGAUGAUCCAGCUGCUGAGGGGAGAGGUGAAGCCAAGCAAGGACGACCCCUGCUCCGUCAGCUAGACUCCGCCCACCACGCCACCCCCCAGAACCUAGAACAACCCCUACUCUGUCAGUUAAACCCCACCUACCACAGCACACCCAAGCAGAAGAGCAACACCCUUCUAUGUCAGAUUAAUGAUGUGCACCUGACACUUCCAAGGACAAUGACCCCCCC